AUGGCUUUUGAUCAUGAUCUUCUUCCCCGUCUUCUCAUCCUUCCUUUAUUGGCAACUCUACUUGAUGGAGUUUCAGGCUCCCAUGUGAUUACCAGAAUGUCAGAUAUGUACUCUUUUCCUUGCUCUGGUAAAAUCCACACAUGUAAUGCUUCAUUGUAUUACAUCAACAAUAGUAUGCCAAAAGAAAAAGUUGCCUUCUUUUACUCUGUAAACCCAUCACAAAUGAAGCCAAUUUCCCAUGGCAAAGCACAAGACUACCUAAUAACAGUGCCUUGUACUUGCAAUACUGUCAACGGCACAACAGGAUACUUCUAUAAUACAUCCUACACAGUGGAGCCAAAUGACACAUUUGUGGAUGUUUCUGCUAAGUUUUAUAGUGGUCAAGCUUGGAGAAUUGGAGGGGAAGAGCAUUAUUUCAUUGCAGGAGAUGUAGUUCCCAUUUAUCUUUUAUGUGGGUGUGUGGAAACCGAGUCUCAAAUUGUGGUAACAUACACAGUUCAGCCACAUGAUACAUUAGCAAGUAUUGGAACUCUUCUUUCUGCCAGCAUAAGCGGCAUAGAGAGCAUGAACACAAUGGUGGCUCAAAACCCAGCUUACAUAGACGUUGGUUGGGUUUUGUUUGUGCCCAUGGAGCUCAAUGGAAUUCCAUCUCGAAAGAAAGGUGAAAUACAAUGGAUAGUUAGGCAUAUAUCAACUGUGACAUUAUUUUCGGUGAUUGCAUUGAUAGUAUUCUUUUCAAGAAAUAGACGCAGAUCCCAACAAAACACCGAGGAGGGUUCCAGACCUGUGUCCACAAACUGGACUGCUGCUUCUCAUAGAGCAGUUUCCUUGCCCAGCCAGUAUCUAAGAGAAACUAUGGAAGAUGUGACAGCUUUUGAAACAGAAAGAACAAUUAUUUUUAGCCUUGAGGAGAUUGAAGAGGCAACAAAUAACUUUGAUGAAACUAAGAUAAUUGGACAGGGUGGAUAUGGAAGUGUGUACUUUGGGGUGUUAGGAGAGAAAGAGGUUGCUAUAAAGAAGAUGAGAUCCAACAAAUCCAAAGAGUUCUUUGCAGAGCUCAAGGUUUUAUGCAAAAUCCACCACAUAAAUGUGGUGGAGCUGUUAGGUUAUGCUAGUGGAGACGAUCACCUCUACUUAGUUUAUGAAUAUGUUCAGAAUGGUUCACUCAGUGAUCAUCUUCAUGAUCCAUUGUUAAAAGGUCAUCAACCUCUCUCUUGGACGGCAAGAACUCAGAUUGCACUUGAUGCUGCCAGGGGUAUCGAAUACAUUCACGACCACACCAAAGCUCGGUAUGUCCACCGUGAUAUAAAGACCAGCAACAUUCUACUUGACCAGGGGUUGCGAGCAAAGGUUGCAGAUUUUGGAUUGGCGAAGCUUGUGGAACGAACCAACGAAGAUGAUGACUUGAUAGCAACAAGAUUGGUAGGAACACCGGGCUAUCUUCCUCCGGAAUCUGUGAAGGAGCUACAAGUGACCACUAAAACUGAUGUAUUUGCAUUUGGGGUGGUUCUGGCGGAGCUGAUAACAGGUCAACGUGCUCUUAUUCGAGAUAACCGAGAACCCACCAAGAUGAAAUCACUAAUUACUAUUAUUAAUAAAGUGCUCCAAGAUGAAGAUCCGGAGACUGCUUUAGAGCAAGUGGUAGAUGGAAGUCUUCGAAGCAGCUACCCAAUGGAUGAUGUGUAUAAGAUGGCAGAGGUGGCUGACUGGUGUUUAAGUGAAUAUGCAGUGAACAGACCAGAAAUUAGAGAAAUUGUUGUAACACUAUCUCAAAUUGUUAUCUCCUCAACCGAGUGGGAAGCAUCUUUAGGAGGGAAUAGCCAAGUUUUCAGUGGCCUAUUCAAUGGAAGAUAA